CCUCAGCUCCGUGGGCUGGUGGCACAGGGGAUUUAAUGUUUCCCUGUGGAACCUCCUGCCACCAGAGUGAUUUUCCCCAGCCGGAGCUGUCUGCUACGGCCUCGUUGGAAGUUUGCCUGGCUGGGAAAGCGAGGGCUCCCUGGAGGGAUCUGCCUGGUGGAGCCCCACGAGGAACAAAGUGUCUUCAGCAAAGAUCAUCCCCUGAGGCUGGGCAGGGAAUGAGGAGAGUCCCCCGAGGACAGAGGGGGCAGCAGGUUCCAGGUCACCUGUCUGGGACAGCCCCAGGGAGAGGCCGUGCCCUGGGACAAACCGCUCGCACCACGCCCUGGCCUCUGCAAUUAGAGCCCGGAGGGAGCGGCUGCUGCAGCUCCCCCUCGGCCUCCCCUUCCUGCAAUCCGAAUAAAUUGGGGCUGUUGUUCGUGGCUUGGCUCACUUGGCCCACUUACUCUGUACUUUAUGGGUUUGCCUGACGAAGGCUCUGGGGUCAGCAUUUCUCUCCUCCUCCUCCUCCACCCCAAAGCCUCCGGUUCCGCUUUUCAAGACCGGGUUGGGAUUUAUAGGAUCUGGAAGCGGUCAGGAUCCCAAAGAGGGAUCUCACCCAGCGGCCCCAGGGGCUCCCACGGCCCAGAGCCCUCCUGGAGUUAAACAGGAGCAAACUGGGGGUGGGUGAGCACCCAGAGCUGGAGUCUGGGGGAGAGGAACACGUGAAAGGAUGGAUAGAUGCAAGAAGUUCUGCUGGUCCAGCUGUCCCUCUCCCCUGCACAGGGACAGAGUCACUAAUUUUGUUCUGGAAAAGCCCUGUUUGGGGGUUUUUAGAGAUGCUGGACCUCUCUCAGGUCCUGCUUUUGGGACCAGCUACUGCUCUGGCCGUGCAGCCUGUAGGAUGUGGCACUGGGGAGCUAUUUGAGGUUGAGGGCACAGGCACCUGCCUGCUCACCCUCCUGGGACACAGCACAACACUGCCAGAAGAGGAGCACAUGCUAGUCCCCAAAAAAUGGGCCAGCAUGACCCCACUGGCCCUGCACAGGGAGGAAAACCCCACAGGUUUUGUCAGGGAAGCGUACUGGUGCUGAUCCCAACAGCCUGCUGGGAUCCAGCAGUGGGAAGUGGGACAGGGGAGUGGGAGACUGGGAGCCUCCCAGUGCCCCAUGGCCUGUCCCAGGGGGGAUGGUGCUGCCAGGCCAGCAGGGCUGGGCCCACCAGCAAAUCCCCCUUGGCCUGGGGCCGCGUUUCCCUCCCUUUGUGGGCUCUGGCCAGGCACGGGGGGACCAAGUUCAUCCCAAACCACAAUUGCCGUCUGUUCCGGCAGCUCCGGCCGCGGCGGAUGUGCUGGAAAUAACCCUGGUGGGGCCGUGGCCUCCCCCGGCCGGGGCUGCAGCGCCCUAUAAAUCCACCCGGGGAGCGGGGGCUGCACCGAGCCCGGCACAGGGAGCCACCAUGAAGCCCCUCGUGCUGCUGACCCUGCUGGCCCUGCUCGCCCUCGGCCUCUGCCGCAGAGCUGCCGAUCGCUCCACCAGCGCCGACGACUCUCCCAGCUCUGAAGCUUUCAUCUCCAGACGCGCCAGUGCCCAGGUGGUGCAGAGGCAGAAGCGGAAUUACGGCUAUGGCAGCAGUGUCUAUGCGGCCCCGCCGGACCCGCUGGAGGCGAAGCGCGAGGUGUGCGAGCUCAACCCCGACUGUGACGAGUUGGCCGACCAGGUGGGCUUGCAGGAGGCGUAUCGGCGCUACUACGGCUUCGUGUAACCCCCGCCACCCCUCGGCAGCGCUGCGGGGCAGGGGCUGAGCUCUGAGCACCCCUUACACCCCGCUUUA